GACCGUUUAAGACCACUCUCAUACUCCGAAUCGGACGUCAUCUUGUUGUGUUUUUCAGUCAACUCAAGAACUUCUUACGAGAACAUCGCUUCGAAGUGGGAGCCAGAGGUCCGCCACUACAUCCCAACAGCUAAGACGAUUCUCGUUGGGCUGAAGAUCGAUCUUAGAGAAGAAGGCAAUAAAGAACACACAUCACAACCGGAAGGAACAGAACUGGCUAAAAAGCUGGGGUGUGUCGCGUACUUAGAAGCAUCCUCUGUGAAAUUAACAGGUUUAAAAGAAGUGUUUAAUACAGCUAUCGAUUGCGUAUUCUCGCAAAAAGAUGCCCCAAAGACUGCAGGCGGAGCUCAAACAAAAGCUACAGAUAAAAAGAAAGAACCAUCAAAAGAGAAAGGUAAAUGUUCUUUGCAAUGA